AUGUGGACCGGCCAACUGGGAAAAAUCGGGGCCACGAAGCACCGCAUUGAGCUCGAGCCUGGUGCUCGCCAGAUUUACAAGGCGCCUUACCCUGCCGGACCAACCGCACGGGAAAAGGAGAAAACAGAGAUCGACCGCAUGCUACGGGCAGGGGUAAUCGAACCCGCCACGGCCGAAUGGGCAAGCCCUGUAGUAUUCGUCCGUAAAAAGGAAGGUACCAUGCGGUUCUGUGUCGACUACAGAACGCUCAACGCAGUUACCGUUCGGGAUUCCUAUCCGUUGUUGAGGAUGGACGAGUGCAUCAAUUCCCUCGGCGACGCUACUACGACGUUCGCGUCGCACUGCGGAUUGUACCGUUUCCUCCGCAUGCCGUUCGGUUUGAAGAACGCCCCCGCCACCUUCCAGCGGGCCGUCGACAUUAUACUGUCGCGGGUAAAAUGGGAAACCGCACUGGUCUACCUGUAUGAUGUGAUCAUCUACUCAAAGACUGUAACGGAACACUGUAGUGCAAUGUGCCUGUCAGGCCGGAACCAGGGUCUAACGGUCCAGCAACAACACAGCCAACAAACAACAACCAACAAGAGUUGCCGACGGCACAGCCCUACGGAGUGUCCGAUUCUCCCUUUCCCUUUAAGUGGGUUUGCGGCCCACAGUAGCUCAAGUCCCUGA